AUUCAUUUUGAUAGACUGACGGUUCUGACGUCAGCCACAGGGGGGCGACAUGACCGUGUGCGAGGCGGAAGCAGUUUCGUGUCAGCUGACACAUUUUGUUUUGGUCCUCCUCCUCCCAGCUGAAGUCUAGCUAGCUCCCCAUCAUCCAUCUGUGUCUCCACGGCCGCGUUUUCUUUCACAGCAGACAGACAUGAAGAAGUUUUUCGAGGACAUAAAGAAGGACAUCAAGUUUAAAUCUGCGGGACCCGGGAAGAAACUGACAGAGGACACCAGUACCAAGCCCGAGGUGGUGCAGGGCAGCUCCAGUGCCAGGCAUAAUCGCUAUGCUCCCAGCGAAGGAUCCCAGAGGGCUGGAGCUGCUGCCCUGGCCAGGAUUGAGCAGCAUCAGCGGCCGAAGGUCCACACCUCUCAGGACGCCAUCAGGAACCAAGUGAAAAGAGAACUGGAGGCGGAGGCAGCUGCACUGGCUGAGAAACAAAAGGCAGAUGAAGCAGAGGAAGCCAAAGUGCCGUUGAAAGAUCCCGCCAUUCUCUCAGUGUCAGGUGUGUAUUUCACCUGUCCGCUAACUGGAGCCACGUUAACUAAGAGUGAGAGGGAAGUACGCAUUAAAGAGGCCAUUUUGAUGCGGUUUGAGGAGGAUGCAGUCGAGGCCUCAGUUAUGAUGAUUCACACAUUCAACAAAGACAGAGAAAAAGUGAAGGCUGCUGUGGACAUCAUAAGCAAGUAUAUUGAGAAUAUAUGUAAGAAUCCCACAGAGGAGAAAUACAGGAAGAUUAAACUCAGCAACAAGGUGUACCAGGAGAAGGUUCGUUGUGUGGAGGGCAGUAGAGAGUUCCUGGAGGCCCUGGGCUUCACGAGCAUUAUGCUUCCUGUGGACGGUCAAGAGGAGGAAGAAGAGUUCCUGGUGUUACUAGAGUACAGUCCUGAUGCCCUGGAGUUGAUGAAGGAGCGGAGGGAUCGUCUCCAGAGAGGAGAGCCCGUCAGAGCUCAGCUGGACAGACAACCUCAAGCAUUCAGAUCCUCUCCCAACGCCCAACGCUUCGAGCUGCCGCCAGAAUUCUACAACCUGACAGCGGAGGAGCUCAAGAAGGAGCAGCAGCAGAGGAGUGAGUUGGUGGAGAAGAACGCCAUGCUGCGCACUAAAGCCAUGAGGGAGAAAGAGGAGCAGAGGGAGAGAAGGAAAUACAACUACACCCUGCUCAGGAUCAGACUGCCUGAUGGAAACCUGCUACAAGGGACCUUUUAUGCGUGGGACCGGCUGCCUGUGCUGUUUGCGUUUGUACGGGAGUCCUUGGUGGACGGCUGGCAGCCCUUUGAGCUCAUCGCUCCCGGAAAUCAGAAACUAAAAGAGUCUGAGGAAGUCGCUCUUGCAGAGUGUAACUUGGUCCCUGCAGCUCUGCUCACAUUUGCCUGGGACGCAGCUGUGCAGGCUGAUAUCGCAGCUGCAGGUGGAAAGAGCGCCACCCUCCUCAAACCGGAGCUGCUGGAAACCAUUCGGACCCUGAGCUGAGCAGACGGACCGCCCCUGAACUCUCCCUGCUACCUCCCCCCUCUGGCACUGCGGGGGUGGGAUUGCCCCUUUCAAAUGGCUAGUGAUAAGUUUAUUUUUACAAAUGCUAACUUCAGUCAGUAGCAGUGUUAGACCAGGGGGCAACUUCACCCUAAUGCGCUUGUUUUGCUGAGCAUACCCUUCUCUCUCCAUGUGGGGGUGACGUCCCCUCACAGACCGUCUCAGCAGCACAUUUUACUGAAGGAAACACUACUAACAGAUGUAAGGAGGAAGCAAGGACAGGUGGUCUUUUUGUUGCAUCCUGAAUUUACAUGCUGUCACAAACAGACUGUGGCAGCAGCCGUCUGUGCUCUAUCUAUCCAGCAGUCAGCCAGCCAGGUAUUCUUCAUGUGGCAUGUUGAGAGACCUUGUUUUAACUGUGUCGACACUUCGUCCUCUUGUUUGAAGUAAACAGUAAACAUCUUGCUUACACAACAGUUGGAUUAGCAGUGCGUCUGUACAGUCAUGUAGAGGGAGAUCAGGAGUAGAGGAGCCAAGUACCUCUGGUCAGAUACUGUUGACUUGUGUUGGUGUGUCGGCACCGAGCUGCUGGGUGUCUGUGCACUUGCUUUGACUUGAAAUGCUAUCAGUUUUGACUUAUAAGUCUUUUGUCUGUCAGCUGAUGGUUGUCCAGUCUGAUUUGAUGUGAUGUGAGUCUGGCUUGCCCGUUUGUCCUCUGCUCUGCAGUGGUGUUGCACUCCUUGUUGUACAGCUGACUUCUAAUUAAAACUUUAAAUGUGA